UUAGUAUGCCAUAAAUAAAAAGCCUCGAAUAAGAAGAACCAAAAACAAGCGAGGUGAUGGCGUCUCGCCGGGCACUUAAAGCCGUGCUCAUUGAUUUAAGUGGGACUCUUCACAUUGAGGAUGCGGCUGUACCUGGAGCUCGGGAAGCACUUGCAAGGUUGCGUCGUGCUCCAGUGGCCGUCAAAUUUGUAACUAACACAACCAAAGAGUGUAAGAGGACGCUGCUGGAACGACUGCAGCGUCUCAGCUUUGACAUUGAAGAGCAGGAGAUCUUUACUUCACUGACUGCCGCUCGAAACCUGUUGGAGCAGAAGAAUGUGCGCCCCUUGCUGCUGGUGGAGGAUAGUGCGCUGGAGGACUUUGCAGGUUUAGAGACUUCAGAUCCUAACGCUGUUGUGAUAGGCUUAGCACCCGAUCACUUCAACUAUGAAAAGCUUAAUAAAGCUUUCAGGCUAAUUCUGGAUGGUGCCCCUCUCAUCGCCAUCCAUAAAGCCCGUUACUACAAGAGGAAAGACGGCCUGGCGCUGGGACCCGGACCGUUCGUGACAGGACUGGAAUAUUCCACCGACACAAAGGCCACUGUGGUGGGCAAACCAGAGAAAACCUUCUUCCUGGAAGCCCUGCGGGAUCUGAACUGCAGCCCCGAGGAGGCCGUUAUGAUCGGAGAUGACGCUAGGGAUGAUGUUGGCGGAGCUCAGAACACAGGGAUGAUGGGAAUAUUAGUCAAAACUGGUAAAUACAGAGCAGGUGAUGAAGGUAAAAUAAAUCCUCCUCCUCACCUGACAUGUGAGAGCUUCCCUGAAGCUGUUAAUCACAUCCUUCAACAUCUGCUGGACACUAAAUAACUUCUGUGAUGCUGAUUAAGAGGGACAUUUGAUAUGUGUGCCAAAAAACACAAUACCGUAAUAAACUCUACAGCGUUGUGUUAAAAUGUCUGCUGAUGGACUGCUGAUCAUUACAACUGCUGUAAAUAAUAAUAAUAAUAACAACGACUUGAACCCUUUCUGUGACUGCAUUACACUCCAGGCUUGUAUGAUAAUGCGGAGACAAUGUUAUCAAUAAAAACUACACAGA